CACACCCACGUUGCGCUCGAAAACAAAAACAAACUUAUCCUCCUUGCCGAUUCGCUGUUUACAUUUUAUUUUUGAUCCGUUCGUUUUCAACUAAAAUGAAGUGCGUUGUCCCGUCCUGUACCACGGAUUUCCACAAAAUUCCCGCAGGAAUCACGCAACAUCGAUUCCCUACUGACGACGACCGCCAGGCUCAGUGGCUUGAAGCUAUUCGCACGGCCGAAAACUGCCGCCCUGGCGACCUAUCGGCGGUCAACUUUAAUCGUGAUCGCAUCUGUUCGAAACAUUUUCACAUCACCUGUUUCUACAAAGUGAAGGGCCAAGUAAGGUUAAAUAAAUAUGCAACGCCGUUCGAAGAACCGACAGGAUUGCAUUUUAACGGAACAUCACACAUCAGUCUCAAAGACGACGCUGUUCCCCGGUUGAACACCAACGAGCAAGAAUAUUUAGAUGUUGAGUGCUUGGAAGAUCCAAAACCAACCGACGUCACACCGACAGUCGAUACGCCGAUAACCACAGCCAAAAGGAAAAAGGUCGAAAAGCGAUAUUACGUCCAGGGCAGAAACGACCUCUUCGAAGUUUUGGUUCUAGAGAGUCAGCAAUAAGUUGACAACCCUACAGUUAGUAGAGUCAAAAAACUUUAUUUUAAACAAUAAAUCUGAUCUCAUUGUUA